AUGACCAAGAAACUGGGACGACAAGUUUAUGAUGAGUAUGAUCAGUCGCUGGUGUUUGGGGGCUCGAGGAGCUCGGUAUGGGUCAAUCGGCAGCCUCGCUUGCAGGAUGCUGGGGCUGGGCGGCAGGAGAAUAACAAGGCGGGGAGAGUCCAUUUAAAUGGCCAGGUAGGUUGGCAGAAAGAGCAACAAGCACCCGCUGGUCGAGAAAGCAUGGAACCUCAUCCGGAUGAUAUGCAGGUGGAUGCGGAGCUGGUGCGUUCGCCAAUGCGACGCCAAAGCCCGAAAGGUUUUGUCAUGAACAGGCCUCCCAAAGUCAAGUUUGGUGGAGGUGGAAAACAGAAGAUGGCGGCGUCCACAAAGGAGACUGCCAGCAGGGUUUUAGGAGGGAAGAAGGGAGGGUGGCGACCUCAGAAUCCAGUGCGUGAGGGUCGGGGAUCGCCUGCCCCGACAGCUGUGGUUCCAGCAGGUGGUAUCCCGGAGCAGGCCCGGCGUCGUCGUCUCAUCCUGGAGGCUGAUCUCGAUGAUGACAUGGGGGAUUUGCCCCAGCCAGAGGUGCAGGCCAGUCCUUGCGACCAGCAGCCGAGACAGGAAGCCCAUCCUAGUUCUUACCCGGUGCGGGAAGCGGGGGGCUCGAGUGUCGGGACUGUGAAACCGGCGAAGAGGCGUCUAUGUUGGAAGGCAUCCAAGACCGCGACUUCGGUUACGGAUGGUGCUGCUGUUUAUGUAGCGCGGCCAGUUGAUCAGAAACCUCGCCAAGUUCGUGUUGGCCAUGGGAAGGAGGGGCGUGUGCAGGGGGCCGACUCUACUGUGCCCCUUACCACUCCCCACAAGGACGAUGGCUCAGCUGGGGUGACUGCGGUUGAGGUGGUUAGCGGGGCAAGCGAAGCGGGGGUGAUGACAACCCCCUCGGUGCGGAUGCGGCAUUUCGAAAGGAGAAGGGCUCGCCCGUGCCUAGCGACUCGGAGGGUUCGGGGAUGGGGGCCGAUUCUCAUUGCUUUGAAAUCAGAAAACGUGACCCGGGUCCCUCCUCGGUGA